AUGGAUCUCGGGCUCUGGGACCAACUGGACUUCGCUGGACUCUCGGCGGCUCCAGAGUCCAGCGAACAUGUAUUCGAUGACUCUCUCCACCACCUCAGCGCCGACCACUCAGCCGGAGAGUCGUCGUCGUCGUCGUCGUCGUCGGCGACCCUCUCGAACUCUCCACAACAAGCCAUCGUACCGCGCGCGCCCAUACCGAUAGCCCCCUUGGGUGCAGUCACUAGGGAUCCUGUGAAGAAGAAGAAGCUUGAGAGGAGAGGGCAUUUCAAGUCCCGCAACGGCUGCUUCAACUGCAAGAAGAGGCGGAUCAAGCCGAAACACCAGAUACCCCUUUUCACCAUGCAGGACAUGCGCUUCUUUCAGCACUUCCUCCAAUAUUCGUUCCCCCACCACCCCCUUGGCAACGACGCGAUCUGGACCCACGAAGUCCCAUGCUUGUCUUAUAACUAUGAAUUUCUCAUGCACAGCAUCCUUGGUCUCGCCGCCUCGGAGCUGAUCGCAUCCGACCCCUCGCUCGCCGAGGCAGCCAUGGCUCAUCGCCUCAAGUCUAUACAGGCCAUCAAGCGCAAGCUGGCGGACAGCAACCAGGGAAUCACCUAUGCUGAGGGAAAUGCCUUGAUCGCAACCUGUUUUGCUCUCACCUUCCAGAGCGUUAUCCUGGAGGACGGCAUGACCGAGUACAUGGCCUUCAUCCGGGGCGUCAUCAUAGUAGUGAUACAGAUGUGGAAGGCAGGUGUUAACUUCAUGUUCAAGCACCUUCUUGAACAAGACCAGAAGGAUCUCCUCAAGCCUCACAUAGACAAGGUGACUCUUCCGGAUAGGAUGUGGGAAUGGAAGGCCGGGGCCUUGGCGUCCCUUGCGGGGAUAAAGAACCUAUGUGCCGGGGACGACCUGAAGAUGAAGUACCUUCAGAUGACUGAAGAUAUGGCCAACGGGCUCCACGAGGAGUCGCCUUAUAAAGCAUACAAGGCUAUGGGCGAUCACUACUCUUGGUGGAUUAUGCUCCCGCACGAGGAGUUCUCCAGGAUAGUGGACCCUAGCGACCAGGUCUUCACGCUGCUGGCUGCCAACUGGAUCGCCAUCAAACAGAUCAUGGCCGUGAUCACCGAGGUGGAAAAGGAGUGGUCCCAGAAGCAGAGCGACAAGGGCAACGUCGACGAGGGUAUGGGCCGGUGGCUGAGACAUCUCAACCGGCAGGUCGAGCCAGACUUUGUCCGCUACAACCAGUGGCCAAUGUGGGUGCAGGCGCAGCUCGAGAACGACCCGUGCUUCUUUGGGAAGGCGUCCAGGGCCGGGAAGCCCAUAGAACGCUCGUGCGUGGGGUAUGCGAAGCUCAUUACGUGA